UCCUCUCUUUGUCUUUAUCUUUAUCUUUCUCUCUCGCUCUCGCUCUCCCGUCGUGCUCAAGGUAAGCUCCUCUCUCUUUCUCUUUUUUCCGAGUUGGGCGAGAGAGAGAUUGAUGAGUGAGGGAGAGUCUGAAACAGAGAGCGUGAGAGAGAAAUAGGCGAAGUGACAGAGAGAGGAGACCGAGAAGCUUAUGGGUAGAUUUUGGGGUUUCUUUUGGGAUGGAUUGGCCGAUUGAUUCAUGGGUUGCAUCAUAGAUCUGCAUAGUUAGCUGCAUCAUAAGAUAUGGAUGUUGAUGUAGAUCAUUAUCUUGUUCUCGGGCUGCCCUCAGGUGAGGAAGGCGCCAAGCUUAGCGUGGAUGACAUUAAAAAGGCAUACAGAUCAAAAGCUCUGGAGUUGCACCCGGACAAGAGGCCGGGCGAUAAACAAGCCCUUGCUGAUUUUCAAAGGCUUCAGACAUCCUAUGACAUUCUCAAGGAUGAAAAAGCUAGGAAGUUGUUUGAUGAUCUUCUACGGGUUAAACGUGAGCAGCAACGUCGCCAGUCAGAGCGGAGUUCCAAGCGUGAUGCCAAGCGACAAAAGAUGGUUUCUGACCUUGAAGAAAGGGAGCGGGCUGCUUUUGCUGCUGACCCUGCUGCAAAAGAACGAGAAGAGGAGGAGAGAAUUGCCAAGAAGCUGAGAGAAGAGAUUGCAAGAAUACGAGCAAUGCGCACAAAUAAAGGUGGAAAUAUGGCAUCGGCUACAAGUAGAGAGUCAACAGGAGCUAGGAAGGAGGGUACGGAGACUACUGGGGCUAGGGUGGAUAAGGAGAGAGUGCUUAAAGUUUCAUGGGAGAAGGUUGGUGAAGAUUACACUGCAGAGGGGUUAAGAGAGUUGUUUUCGAAGUUUGGUGAGGUGGAAGAUGUUGUCAUUAAAAGUUCCAAGAAAAAAGGUUCUGCACUUGUUGUAAUGGCAACUAAAGAUGCGGCAGUUGCCGCUACAGGAAGUGUGUGUGGUCAUCUUUCUAAUCCAUUGCUAGUUUUACCUCUUCAACCACCAAUGGCAGCUGAGACUCCAAGUGCCCCAAGAUCCACAGAACCUGAUAGACUAAGUACUUUGGUUGGGGCUGGUUAUGCUGCAUUUGAAGAUACUGUCUUGAUGAAACUCCAAAAGGCUGCGAAGAAGCAAAAAUGACAUGCAAGAUAUUCAAUGAAGAAGUGCAUGUGUCUCAUGAUCUCCCUGAACUGUAAUAUUUAGCUGAGGACACCUUUCUGCAUAUUGCUUCCUGAAGAUUGGGCCGCAGAAAAGUUUGCCGUCUUUCACCAAAUUAUUUUUUAUUUUAUUCAUUUGAUGUAACAUUUAAACCAGUAAGAGAUAGCAUCUGUUACUAGUGUUGAGGACUUUGUGUGUGGUUUACACUGUAUAUUAGUAUAUUACCAUGUAACAAUCGAAGUUUUUAACAGUUUCAUGCCUGGCAAUCAUUUUGAAUUGUAUCAAAGGGAAAAGCUUCAAUUAGA